GUGCGCCAUGGUUUUCCUUUUCAUCCGACAGCUGUUGCCUUUGAUCCCAUCCAGAGGCUUCUUGCCAUCGGUACCCAUUCUGGUUCACUUCGCAUCUUUGGUAGACCAGGAGUUGAAUGCUUUAUGGAACAUAGUGAUUUUCCCAUUCUUCAACUUUUGUUCUUAAUAAAUGAGGGGGCCUUGGUUACUGUGACCGGUGACGACUAUUUACAUAUGUGCAACUUGAGACAGAAAAAACCUGAGAUUGCACAGUCCUUAAAAUUUCAGAAAGAAAGGUUAACCCAUUGCCACUUACCUUUUCAAAGCAAGUGGCUAUAUGCAGGUACAGAUAAAGGCAAUGUACAUUUAGUCAAUGUUGAAUCUUUUACUCUCUCAGGAUAUAUAAUCUAUUGGAAUAAGGCAGUAGAACUUUCUUGUAAAACACAUCCCGGUUCCGUAGUUCAUCUGAGUGAAAAUCCUUUAGAUUCCAACAAGCUGCUUAUCGGUUUUGACAAAGGUCUUGUAGUAUUAUGGGAUCUCCGAAAUAAAGCUGCUGAUGCAAGGUUUUCCAGUAGUGAAUCUUUAAAUUUAAAAUCUGUAACAUGGCAGCUAGAAGGUAGACAAUUUAUCUGUAGCCAAAGCGACGGAAGCCUUACAACAUGGAAUGUUAAAGUUCCCAACAAACCAAUCUCAGUUGUUUAUCCACAUGCCAAAUCUCUAAUUGAUGGCAAACCAGAACCAUGCAAUGGAAUUUAUAAAGUGGAAUCAAAAAUUAAUAGAGCUGGGGAGGUUAUCACCGUUUUUUCUGGUGGUUUACCAUACGAGGAGCAAGGGAAAACUUCAAGUUUAACAAUUCAACAAGGGCGAUCCACAACAGUUUUAGAAAUGGAUUACAGCAUUGUUGACUUUGUAACUCUAUGUGAAACUCCAUGGCAGACAGAAUAUCAAGAACCAUAUGCUAUAGUUGUGCUUCUGGCACGAGAUCUAGUUCUUGUUGAUCUUACAAGUCCUGGUUUUCCUUGCUUCCAAAAUCCAUAUCCUAUGGACUUCCAUAAAUCACCUGUCACCUAUUGUGCCUACUUUGCAGAUUGCCCUAAUGACCUCAUACCAGCCUUCUAUUCUGUCGGAUCCAUGGGCACCAAACAAUGUGGUUGUUCAGAUAAGGACUGGCCUAUAGAUGGCGGUGAAUGGGGCACUGCUACACUAAGCUAUCCUGAAAUCGUGAUAACUGGACAUGCAGAUGGAUCUCUCCAGUUCUGGGAUGCUUCAUCAGUUUCUUUUCAAAUCUUGUACAAAUUAAAAACUACCAAGGUAUUUGAGAGACCUAAGCCAAGAAGCAUAGAUGAGCUUGAGGAAGAUCCUUUUGCCAUUGACAGUGUGGCAUUUUGUCGUGAUACACGGUUGUUGGCCGUGGCUGGAGCAAGUGGCCAUGUUAUAGUAUAUAAUUUCAAGAAAAAUGAUGCAUCAGUGAAUCUCAAUGUUUUAGAAAUAUCUAUAAAAUGUGAAGAGAGGAUAGAGAAUAAUCCUGGAGCUGUAGAAGAAAAUAAUGACCAAUCAAAUCGGUCAUUUUCUUUCCAGACAUCAGGGAGAUCAAAUUCUGAUGAUAGUGGAAAACAACCCUCUCAAACUGAGAAUUACUUUCCUCUAAAAGUACGUACGGGACCAGUAAGGAUGGCUGCUGGAUUUCAUGCUAGCCUAGUGUGCCUAACAACAGGAGUAGAAGGAGAACCCCAACCAAGAAUUACUGCACUUGCCUUGCAAGCUGGAUAUGGGCUAAUGGCCUAUGGCAAUGAACAUGGACUUGCUAUUGUUGAUAUUAUACAAAAGACGUGUUUAUUAAACAUGGCAACUCCUGAUCUUUAUGGAUCUGCGGAUCCAUACCAGAGGCCCCCCAAAUCACCUAGGAGGACAAGUAGCUGUGCUAAUUCAAGUAGUGAUCAAGAUCAGGGACAUUCUCCAUGUGAUGAGCAAUCUUCUGAUGCUGCAUGCUUGAGUCCAACCAGUCGGUCACAUCCACAUAGAAGAUCUGUCCAUGCAGAGAUGCGUCAUGCCCGCUCUCAAGAAAAAUUUGAAAAUGCCUUUUCAAGAUCUCGUAGCUCUAGUACAUCAAGCAUCAAAGAUAUAAAUACUCAAGAAGGAAACACUGCUGAAUAUGUUGUCUUUCUUAGGUUUUGUGAAUCAUACGGCGGAAAGACUGAUUCUUGUCCAAGUCCUAGCCUGUGGGUUGGCACUAGCUUAGGAUCUGUUCUUGUCUUCCUGCUCAUAAUACCUCCUCCUGGUGAAACUCGUCUCCUGCAACCAGUAAUAAUAUCACCAAGUGGUACCAUCUACCGCCUCAAAGGAGGAAUCCUAAAUGUAUCUUUUCUUGAUCCUGCUGGUAAUGUGAUACCUGACAGUGUUGACUUUCAGAAAGAUAAAGAUAAAGAAGAAAAGAAAAUGAAAUUGACAAGUCGGCCUUCAUCGUCUUCCCUAGACCGCAGAGAAAAGCAGUAUGUAGUUCUGACAUCAGAAAGGCGCUCACAUGUAGUUCUUUUACCAUCACAAACUGGGCUUUAUAGAAAUAUAAUUUCGGAUACAUCAUAUGCUGUUAAAGCUGAUGUUUCAUCUCUUAAAGAUUUAGGAUCAAGUUUAGUAUGCUACAUUGCCACUGGGCAUGUGAAUAUCUAUAGCUUACCCAGUCUCCGGCAAUUACAUCAUGUAGAUUUUUUACCUGUAUUAAAUGUGAAAAACUUUUCCAGAAUGGUUAGGACUUUUUGUAUUAGUAUUAAUGGCCACGGCUUGUACUUAUGUAAUCCCUCAGAACUGCAGAAGUUUUCUAUUUCUGCUGCAUUUGGUAAUUUACUUCAAGAUAUGAUGGGUACUUUGUUUCUUACGAAAGAAAUGCCUGAACCUCCAAAACAAGGAUUUUUCAAAGGUCUUUUUGGAGGAGGACCAAGUAUUUUGGAUAAAGAAGAGCUAUUUGGAGAAGCUAGUGGUAAAAGUUCAAAAUCUGUUGCUCGUCAUUAUCCUGGAGGUACCGUGGACCAGGUUAAAGCUCAAAGCAGUUCUUUAGCGGGUGAUUUGUUAAGAACGAGACAGGCAUUAAACGAACGAGGAGAGAACCUGAGUAGACUUGAAGAUACAACAGUUCACAUGAUGACCGAAGCUGAAAUGUUAGCAGAUAAAUCACAUCAAUUGUUGCUCAGAUACAGAGACAAAAAGUGGUAUCAACUCUGACUUGUGAACUUGAACCAAUGUGCUAGAAGGGAGCUUGUCUUUCCCCUUGAGCCCAAGAACAUUUGGGCAGUCAAGAGAAGUAUUCGUUUUAGACGAAAUAUAGCCCCCUCUGUCAACAUGUUAAGGGAAAAAUAACAUAAUUUGUUGUGUACAUUUUUCAGAUGUUUUUAAAUACUGCAACAUUAGUUUUGACUGUAUAUGGAAUGAAGUUUCCUGUGCUAUGGUAAAGAUAUCAUGCACUUAAUGUUGACAAAAUAUGUUUCUCUAAAUAGGAAAAAACGUGACACUGUUUAAACUAUGUGUUAAAACAGAUGUUUCAGUAAACUUGUCGUCUUUCAUAUUUUCUAGUCUGAUUCAAAAUUGAGUCGAGACUUGGAAAAUCAGAAAUUCAUUUACCUGAAAUUAACCUUCAUUAUGCACUUGUUAUACCAUUAACACACAUAUAUAUUUAAUUUUAUCUUUUUGUUUGAAAAUGCACCAAUUUUAUGCACCUCCUCAAUUUUCUUUUGCAAUUUGAAUUCUUUCAUAAUCAUGAAAUUAAAGAUUCAUGAGGUGCUUGAAAAAUCUAAGAUUGAUACUUAGUGCAGUUUCCAUCAAGGUUGUUUUCUCUAAACUAUUUUGCUAACCCGAGCUUAUUAGUUUUGAGAAUAAUAAAAAAAAAAAUAUGCAAUGAUUAAUUUAGGUUGUUAUGUAACUGAAAAAUAUAGUGUAUUGUGAUACAAUUAGUAUCAAAAGAGCAGUAAAUUAUACUUAUUUGUAAGUACUCAUAAUAAUAUUUCAGAGUUUAUUAAAUAAUUACCACCAAAUAAUUUAUUCUCAUGUUUGAUGUAUAAAUAUGGUGUCCUAGGGAUGCUCUGACUAUGCACUCUAAAACUGAUGGAAUGUGAUUUCUGAUGUAAGUAUAAAAACACCACCUGAAAAAAAAAGUCCUAAUACUUUUUUGGGUGUUUAUACCUGUAUUUUGUUUCUAAAAUUAUAUGCUAUAAAUUAUGUUUCAAAUAAG